GAGAAAUCAAGGAGCUGACUACAGAAGUGGAACAAUGGUCUGAUAGAUGGCAAGAGGCCAUGCUUGUCCACUGACAUCAGCCACGAAUCAAUCAGGUCAUGGUUAGAUUUAAAGUGGCAGUGGCGCUCCAUAUACUCUUCGGCUGGAUUUGCAGAGGAGUCAUAAACAUUCACUGCUCUGGAUACGUGUGGAUAGAACCAGCUCCAAUCAUUCAGAUGGGUUUGAACAUUUCUAUAAAUUGCCAUUCUACGUUAAACUGUCAAAUGGCAAAGUUAUACAUGAUGCUAAAUGAUACUCAUAUAGAAGACAAAUUAUUAACAACAAUAAACAAAACUACAGUGCAACUUCAGCUUCAUGAUUUCAGAAAACCAUAUUCCACUGUCCUAUGUUAUGCCAAGUGUCCCAACAGAGCUGCAUAUAUGGUAGUAUGUGGAACACAAUUUUCUGCAGGACAUCCACCGGAUAGUCCAACCAAUUUAACUUGUGUCAUUUAUGAACAUUCAGACCACCUGACUUGUGCUUGGGAUGCAGGGAAAUACACUUACAUAAGUACUAAUUACAUUCUCUACCUGAAGAGUUUACAGACAGGUGAGGAGAAAGAAUUUCCUUCGACUGCAGCAAUCAACAUUUCAUUGAGCAAAUUACAAGGAGGCAAACUGUAUUCUAUUUGGGUCCAAGCCAAAAAUGACCUAGGCACAGCACAUUCGGAUCAUCUGCACGUUAACCUUGAGGAUUUAGUGAUACCAGCCACACCUGUUAUCACCAAUGUUGAAACUACAGACAGUUCAGCACCGAGAACCAUACUCCACUGGAAAAAGCAAACAUCCAUGGAGAACGUUUAUUGUGAAGAGAGAUACAGAGCACUGGCAGACCAAACUUGGCAUAUGAAAGAAUGGGACAUAAAUGUGACAAGAGGGCCACACACAGAGUACAGCCUGGAGUUGAACACAGAGUAUGAGUUUCAAGUGAGAUGCCGAUUAAUUCUUGCCAAAAGCUAUUGGAGUGGAUGGAGUGCCCCCUUUACUUACACAACCCCAGAAGCAGCACCUUCUAAAAUCCUGGAUGUGUGGAGGGUUAUGGGUCCAGUAUACAUGAACGGUAGCCGAGAAGUGACGGUCUUGAUAAAGCCUCUCGCGCCAAAAGAUGCCAGAGGAAAAAUUCUGGGUUACAGGGUGUUCCAUGAAAGCCGGGGAGAAAUGGUUAACUUAUGUAACACAUCAGACACCCAAUGCAAAGUUCUGGUUUCCCCAGCAACGCGUACCGUCCACGUGACUGCAUAUAAUUCCAAGGGAAGUUCCAUGCCAGCCAGUAUAACAGUGACCCAAGAGCACAGUAAUGUUAAUGAUUUCCUAUCCCCCACCAACAUGCAGAUUAGCCAUGAUGACCACAGAAGAGUCUCUGUCAAAUGGAAGCUGCCUAAAUACACUGGAAGAUCAGUUCUGUGGUUCAUAGUUGAAUGGAUUUCUGCAGCUCAGCAUAAUCAGCAACAUGAUUUUUUAUGGAAGAAAGUCCCCAGCCAGGGUACAUUUACAUAUAUAGAGGGAGACCUCACAGCAGGAAUUCACAUGAACAUUUCAGUAUAUGCAGUGUAUCAAGAUGGAAUAAGCAAGCCAUGUCUUGGCCAACUUUAUCUGGAGGAUUUAGUGAAAAGGUUCCCAAACACAAGCAUUGAUACUGGUCCUGUAAUCAUCGCCACAGCUACAGGGGAGAUUUCCUAUGGUAAGAAGAUAGUAUUUCAGACUUGAUAAUGAUGGAGACAUUUUUUGGGGAAUAGGCACUGGUGCGAUCAUA